GUGUCUGGCCUCAGCACGAUGUGGUUCGUGCUCACGAACAGCAUCGGCCUCGCCUUCUUCUACUUCCUCAUGUCUACGCCCGUGCGGACCAGCGCGUGCGUGCUGGGGCAGAGCGGGCGCGUGAUGGUGCUGGACAGGCAGCCGCUGAUGUCGUCCACGAAGGCGGCCAAAGCGUUCAUAG